AAUCACUGUCCCAUGGAAAAUCAAACUGAAGUGGUAACUGAAUUUAUUCUCUUUGGACUUUCAAGUGAUCCACGAAUGCAGUUGUUUCUGUUCUUCAUGUUUCUCGGCAUAUAUGCUGCCACAUUACUAGCAAACUCUAUGAUCAUAUUGGUAAUUAACACACAGCCUAGUCUUCACACCCCCAUGUUCUUCUUUCUCAAGAUACUAGCAUUGGUUGACAUUUGCUACUCAACUGUCACUGUUCCAAAGAUGCUAGAAAAUUUUGUCUCAAAGGAGAAAUCAAUUUCUAUGGUGGGAUGUUAUGCACAGAUCUUUUUCUUUAUCCAUUUUGCUUGUGUUGAAAUUUUUCUGCUUACAGCAAUGGCAUAUGAUCGCUUUGUUGCUAUCUGUGACCCACUACAUUAUUCAACAAUUAUGAAUAAGCAGAUGUGUCAUCAGCUAGUGGCUGGAACCUUUAUAAUGGGCUUGUUGGAUGCUACAGCCAACACAGUGCCCUUAAUGUGUGUGACCUUCUGUGGAGUCAAUAGAAUUAGUCACUACACCUGCGACCUUCCUGCAGUUCUGAGUUUGUCUUGCAGUGGAUCAUUCACCAGCUAUAUGUUAAUUCUUGCCUCUGUUUUUCCCUUUGGUUUUACCCCUUUCCUCUUAACUCUUGUCUCUUACGUUAGAAUAAUUUCAACCAUCCUGAAGAUUCACUCUGCAAAAGGCAGGAGCAAAGCCUUCUCCACUUGUAGUUCUCACCUCAUUAUGGCUUCUCUGUUUUAUUUUUCUGCCUUUGUCCGAUACUUGAAGCCUAGUUCUAACUCUCUCUCUGACCUGGAGAGGGUGGCCUCUAUCCAGUACCUUAUUUUAACUCCUCUGUUAAACCCUAUAAUAUACAGUCUUAAAAACAAUGAAAUGAAAACUAAUAUUCAGAAAAAGUUUGGGAAACGUAGGUAA